AUGGAGGGUGCUAAGCCUUGUUAUACACCUCUUGGAACUACCAAACUGGAUCACGGUGGUACACCUUUGGAAAAUCCCACAGAGUAUAGAUCCAUUGUGGGAGGCCUACAGUAUUUAACUUCGACUCGACCUGAUAUCUCAUUUGCAGUUAAUCAAGUCUGCCAAUUCAUGCAUGCUCCAACUGAUUCCCAUAUGCAGGCAGCCAAGCGAAUACUCAUAUUUCUCAAAGGUACACGUUCACAUGGUAUAUGGUUUCAUAAAGGUCCUCUCACUCUAUCCGCCUACUCUGAUGCAGAUUGGGCUGGCUACACUUUUGAUAGGAGAUCCAUGGGUGGAUUUUGUGUGUUUCUUGGCUCCAACUUAGUGAGCUGGAGUGCUAAAAAGCAGCGUACAGUUGCUCUUCAGUAUGUUUGCAGCCAAGACCAGAUAGCUGAUAUUCAUACUAAAUCUUUGUCUAAGAAUCGGUUCCUCUUUCUUCAAUCCAAGCUUUCUCUUGGUACUCCUAGUCUUUCCAAGCUCAGCUUGAGGGGGUGUAAAGAUAAAGAUGCCAAAUCAUGA